AUGACCCCCACCGACGUCGCUUUCCGCGCAGAACUCAACCAGUACCGCCGCGAGCAGACGUUGAAGACGCGUGGUCUCGCCCACCUCAAUAACUUGGGUGCCGGUAUUAUUAUGGGCGACGACACGCUGGAUCGGAUUGCAGAUUGUGCCCGGGCGCAUAAGCUGAUGACGGUGGAGACCCUCUAUCAGGAGAUGAAAUACUAUCCCACCAAUACCCCCUUCAUAUCGACCCCCCUGGGCCCGCGACAGAGCGAGCAGCGUCCAGGGGCCGACAUUCCUCAGACCGGCGAACACGUGGCGGCCGCUGCCGCCAAGACUCCUCGUCAAUGCGGCGCCUGUGGUCAGUACAGUCACAUCAAGACGAACUUGAAUUGCCCUGCUCGCGACCAACGCUCUGGAUCUGCCGACAAGGAGAAUGCGACCACGCUUGGCCCAACGUCUGGAGUCGCCUCGGAAGAGGACCGUUUGGACGCAUAA